AUGGUCUCGAGACCAAGACCGAUCUCGAGUACUACAACACUGCAUGUAAUUCAUUUUGAUGUGCCUCUUUAUGAAAAUCACGUUCCAUAAUUUUGUGCCUAUUUAAACAUUUCACACUUUAACCAGUUAUUUGGUUGUUGUUUGGUAUUUAUGUCAAACUAGAUACGUUUUUGAAUAAAAAAUAAAAAAAGAAUUGCAAGCACUUUCUCACAAACUAUUAUUUAUUAUCUCACUGAACAUCUGCUACCAUCACUGCUGUUGUGAGGUUUAAGCAUUGUCCGUGAUGAAAAUAUAGGCUGCUGAUUAAAUCACUGCUCCGGAUAACAGAAACCUUUCAACAAUGGUAAACAAGCUGUAUAUCCUGGCCAACAGAGGGCGCAAUGUGGCAAUGAAUUGCUCUAUAUUCUGUCUGAGUCGAGAUAUGCUUAUAAACAAUAAACUACAAACGCACAGAUUUAUGUUGUUCACUCAGUCUCGGAUAAUCUUCUUUUAAAGAUAAAAUAACAUCCCAAAAAGACUGAAGAGAUGUCAGAUGGCUUUUUGUUUAAAAUUUAAUGUUGAGAUUUCUGCUGAAGUUUGCCAUUAAAACAAACAAAAAAAACAUAUAAUGUAGAAAGUAAAGAUGACUCACAGAUGACAUCUGACUGUGUCAUUGUGUUUCCAGAGCCUCUCUAGUGGUAUUUUGGUAAAGGUCAUAUCCUAAAAAAAUACAUCAGGGCCUUAAAACCUGGGAAGCAAUUUGGUGAUGUACGUGUAAGAAAGAAAGUGCGUUAGGUUUUAAAAAAGGAAGUUGGAAAUUGGCUUUGCUAACUUGUCACAUUUUAUGUAAGACACUUUACUUUUUUCUCUGAAACAAAUGCAUAAAAACAUACAAAUUGUUCUGCGGCGGCGCAUUGUUGAAUAAGGAAAAAAUUGGGGAUUCAGCUCAGAUGUGCAAUUAGCAGAACAGCUUCUUCCAAACCCUGCUGCGUUUUGGCUGUGUGUAUUUAAAACUCUGACAAACAUCAUCACCGUUCGCUUGAUUAAAGGUCUGUGAGGUCUGAUUGUUUCCACUCAUCAUAAUCUCUCCCACGAAAUUCUUGUUUGAUCCCACUUCUUCCGAGAUUAACACUUCUCAUGCAGGUAUAAAGCAGACUGAUUGUGCAUCACACAAAGCCAAUAAAAGCAUUGCUCAGAAACGGUCAAAGCGGUCAUCAGUGUGCCAUGUCCCACCUGGGUGUCAACCACGAGCCCGUCAUCCGGCUGGCUGCACCCGCUCGUCCUUCAUGUUUCCAGUGACUCCGAGCAGGGCCACAGCCGAACGACGAUGGACGAGGACAGACUGAAAUCGGGGGAGCUGAUGGAGGUAAAGGUGGAUGAGGGUCCGGAUUUCACCCAGCGCAAUUCACGACCCCAGAUUGAGGACAGAGAUCCCAACAGAGUCAACAGCAAUCUAAAGGUCAUGUUUGAGGACGUGAUUGCAGAGCCCCCUUCAGUGCGGAGCUUUGAUAAAGUCUGGCUCUGGAGUCACGCCCUGUUCGAGGUGUCCAGACUGUGGGGCUACCGCUUCAUCUCCCUGGUGCUGGUGGUGCCGGUGUCGCUGACCGCAGGGCUGCUCUUUGCUGUCCUCAGCUGCCUCCACAUCUGGCUGAUCAUGCCCGGCGUGCAGCUUCUUCUCAUCAAUAUGCAGUGGAUCCAGACUGUGUGGGCCAGCAUACUGAACAUUUUUAUCAGUCCUUUCUUUACCAGUUUUGGAAAAUGUUGUGGUCAAAUUAUUAUCCGCCUGGCGAGUGCUGAUAACAGAUAGAGUUAGUUAUUUAGUCAGUGUGAGCAACUAAGCAGAAGGUUUGAAGAAAAGACAAGCAGUGAAGGAUUGCUAACUAUUUGCUGACAGGGACUUGUAUCAUUUGUUAUUAUUUUGUAUUUUUAUGCACCUGUCAUGCUUUUUGGCAUGCUGACACAUUCAUCAACUUUUCCAUUUUGUAAUGACAGUGAUGUAUGUGUAUUCCAACGCCGCAAAUACAAAAUGAAAAUCCACCGGAAGCACAUUUUAAUAAAAAUUCAUAAUUUGCUAAAUUGCUUGCACAUAAACUGUGGUACUGUGGGGGUACUGUCAAGAAAAAAAAAAGUCUGUUAUUUUGUUUUCAACAAUCAACAGAAUUAGAUGAAUAAAAGUAUUUCUGACAUAAAACAAAUGUCGAAAGUUGUCUCUGUUUCUGUCUGUGGAUCAAGUCAGGCGGAUUUGAGGAUUUGAAAAUUGGAUAGUUGGAAAAAAGAGAUCUGAACCAAUCCUACGCCUGUCUCACUCUGUAAAAAUAGUUGUUCAACUUCAUCACAUGAAAUAAAGCCAUGUAAAAAAAAAAAGAAAAAAAAAGUCGAUUGAAUUCCUCUGAAAUUCUCUGUCACACAUUUAGACAAGCGAGUGUCAUCUCCGCUCUAAAACAAUCCCCUCACAAAAACACAAUCUAGUUCAGCGGUUCUUAACCUUUUUUGAGGUACC